AUGAAUCACCCGUCACUCGUUUCAAUCUUGCUCGCGCUGGCCGCGCUGUACACAUACGAAGUUACUUCUCUUGCGGUACCCCGGCCACCGACUUUAAAGAGCCGUUCACUCCUUCCACCUUAUUCGUUACCCCAGGAUGACCUGCUCGACUUGACAAGAGGAGCUGAUAUCGCGACAAAACAACUUGGCUAUUUAUAUGGUCCUCCGGUUGCUGGCGGGCCUUUCUUUCCCACCGGCGCCUUAGGUCUGGCAAGAGUUUUGGCCGAUCAAGCAGAGAUUCAGCUCGAUGAGGCCCCAGUCCUUGCGGCCAUUGCUGUCGAUACCACCGACAGUACGGUUUCGGCUCCCGAGUACAAUGGCCUGCAGACUCUGGACGACUACACUCUACUAUAUGACGGCCACUGGAAGGCAACUCUCCCAUCUGGCCCGGUUCCAGGAAUGGAGACCAAUUACACCCAAGACCUACUGUUCUCAAUGGAGCGCCUCUCCUUCAGCCCCUACCAGGUGAGAAGGCUCAACCCUUCCUCGGAUACGUUACAGUUCAGUGUCGACGAUGAUACUGCGACGAACCUCACAGGUAUGACGCUACAACAAUUGUUUGAAGACGGACGGCUCUUCUAUGCCGAUUAUCGAGAUCAGAAAGAUCUGACUCCAACUGAUCGGUUCUCUGCCGCUUGCGACGCUUUCUUCUACAUUGACCAGACAUCCGGAGAUUUCUUACCCCUCGCUAUCCGUACAAACGUAGGGUCCAGUCUGAUCUACACACCAAAUGACGAUCCCUCCGACUGGCUCCUCGCAAAGAUCAUGUACAAUGUCAAUGACUUCUGGUUUGCGCAGUGGAAACAUCUUGCGAGCACCCAUGAGGUUGUCCAAAUCACAUACCUAGCCGCCAUCCGAACUCUCAGCGAUAACCAUCCCGUUCUUGCUUUGCUGAACCGCAUCAUGUACGAGGUCUACGCUAUACAACCGCUGGCGGAAACUCUUCUGUUCCUUCCUGGUGCAGCUGUCGACCAGGUCUUCGCUUAUACAGGUACUUCGGCGCAAGACUACACCACCAACCUCUAUGCGAACGGUGGUAGUGGUCGCUUUCAGGCCAACUAUUUUGAGGCCGAGCUUGAGUCCCGCGGGCUGAUCAAUUCCAACUUCGGCCCGGCCUUGAAAAAUUUCCCUUUCUACGAAGAUGCUUCAACUAUAUAUAACGCUAUCCAUGCCUUUAUGACAUCCUUUGUGAACUCAUACUACUCCUCAGACUCAGACAUCACGGCCGAUAAUGAAAUGCAAGCAUGGGUAAAAGAGUCACAAGGCCCCGCUGAGGCGAUUGACUUUCCUUCGAUCACGACGCGAAGCGCCCUGAUCGAUGCGUUAACACAUAUGGCCCAUCUUGCGUCUACCUCUCACCACACAGUUAACACGAACGAGUUGCUGUCCGCCAGUUCUACGUUACCCUUUCAUCCCCCAUCGCUCUAUCAGCCACCACCGUCUUCCAAAGGGUUUACGAACGUGGUGGAGUUCCUUCCACCGCUUGACAAGGUUGAAGCGCAAUUCAGCGUGGCUGCCAUUUUCGUACGCCCCUUUUUCGUGGGCACGAACCGCACUCUGAUGCACAUGUUUGAUGAUCCUGCGACACUCAGUCGCAUGAAUAGCGCAACUCAAGCGGCGGCCACAACUUUUUACAACAGCAUGCAGGCAUUCAGCGAACAGGUUGCUGCACGUACAUUCGACCAAAAUGGCUUGUCACAGGGGAUGCCGUUUGUGUGGCAGGCCUUGGAUCCCAAUGUGGCGCCGUUUUCCAUCACUUCUUAG